AUGUAUCCUGACUCAUUCGAGGGUUUUGCCAUCCCGGCAGCAGACCAGUACACGCAGCCGCGUCGGAUAGAGUUCAAGCCAAAACCAUUCGGCGAGUAUGAUAUCGACGUCAAGAUCACAUGCUGCGGCGUGUGCGGCUCUGACCUACACACAGCGACGGGAGGAUGGGGAAACCAGAACUGGCCCAUUAUCCCUGGUCAUGAGAUUGUUGGAACCGCAGUCAAGGUCGGCUCCAAGGUGACGACUGUCAAGGUCGGCGACCGCGUUGGCGUGGGUGCCCAGAUCUCGGCCUGCCUGGAUUGCCCGCAGUGCAAAGAGGGCAACGAGACAUACUGCAAGAAGCAACAGGACACAUACAACUCCUUCUACCCCGACGGCACGCUCGCCCAGGGCGGCUACUCGUCGCACAUCCGCGCCCACGAGCACUUCACCUUCCCCAUCCCCGACGGUCUCCCCUCCGAGCUCGCCGCGCCCAUGCUCUGCGCCGGUCUGACGGCCUACUCCCCACUCGUCCGCAACGGCAUCGGCCCAGGCAAGAAAGUCGGCAUCGUCGGCAUCGGCGGCAUCGGCCACUUCGGUAUCCUCUUCGCCAAAGCCCUCGGCGCCGAAGUCUGGGCCAUCUCGCGGGGCACCUCGAAACAAGCGGACGCGCUCGCCAUGGGCGCGGACGGCUUCCUGGCCACCUCGCAGCCCGACUGGAACACCCCGCACUCCAUGACCUUCGACAUGCUUCUCUGCACGGCCAGCGCCGACGACGGGUUCGAUCUAUCCGCCUACCUGAGCCUACUGCGCGUGCACGGGCGUUUUGUCAGUGUGGGUUUGCCCGAGGGGGAGGGGUGGCGGGUAAGGCCGAUGGCGUUGUUGGCGAAUGGAUGUCUGAUUGGGGCGGCGCAUUUGGGGAGUCGGCAGGAGACGUUGGAGAUGUUGAGGCUGGCGGCGGAGAAGGGGAUUAGGAGUUGGGUGGAGACGAUUCCGGUGGGGGAGAAGGGGGUCGGGGAGGCGCUGGAACGGCUGCAUAAGAAUGAUGUGAGGUACAGGUUUACGCUGGUCGACUACGACAAGCAGUUUCAGUGA